AUGACCCUAUAUGAUGUCUUAAUCUUCCAAAGUCCUCAUACACUAUAAACAACACCUUUCUUUCCGUCCUCCAUCUCUCUCUAGAACCCCAGAGAACCCAUAAGGCAAAAACACUCUUCUUAGCAGAGAAGAAACCAAGAGGCCAAACAAACCCACAGCCCCAUUUGCAUACAUUGUUCUUUUUCACAGAACUUUUGGAGGUUGCAUAUGGAAAUUGGAGUGAAGAAGACAGUUUUUUCACCUAAGGCUAUCAUACACCAAAAGUUUGGUAACAAGGCAUGCUAUAAGGUUGAGGAGGUAAAGGAGGAGUCAGCUCAGAAUGGAUGCCCAGGAUUGGCAAUUCCUCAGAAAGGCCCCUUUCUAUUUCGGUGCCGGUUAGAACUUCCAGAAUUUACUGUUGUUUCUGAUAUCUGCAGAAAGAAGAAGGAUGCCGAGCAGUCUGCUGCUGAUUUGGCUUUAAAAAAGCUAGGCAACAAUCCCGCAGAUGAAAACCCAUCUGAAAAGGAUCCUUGUGAUGCUUUGAUUGAUCGAAUCAAAUAUCUAUUUACAGACGAGUUCCUUUCAUCUCUUCAUCCGCUGAGUGGUCACCUUAGAGCAGCUUUGCAGAGAAAAGGUGGUCUUUAUGGUCUGAUACCUGCUUCUGUCAUUGCUGCCUGUGAUACAAAGACAAGUAAUCUGUGUAAAUUACUCAACACUGAGGUGGAAUCUAAACCCUUUUUGGCUUUGUCAUCAAUUAUGAGGGCUAUACCAAGAUUAUCAGGGUCUGUUGUAACAUCCAAGGGGCAGCUUUCAAUUCAGAAGCAAAAUCCAUAUCCCACUGAGAUCAUAGAGUCAUCAGAUAUCCAGCAAUCUGGUUCCCCAGAAAACAUAUUAGUUAAAGCAAUACAGAUCCCAGCUUCAUUGGAUGAGACUAUUCAGCCCGUGACUCUUGAUAUUUCUUCUUCUGGAUAUUACCUGGAUGUUAUUGCACAAAAACUUGGUGUAACAGAUGCAAGCAAAGUUUUGCUCUCAAGGAUUAUUGGUAAAGCUUCUUCUGAGACAAGAUUGUAUUUUGCUGCUUCUGAGUCACUUGUGAUGGAACUAUUGUCAGACCAUGCAAAUCUGAAAGAUUUUCACGUAGAAGGACUUUUGAAUGCAAGGGCAAACUACUUCUGUGGUCAAGAAAUAUAUGGUGAUGCAAUUAUGGCAUCAGUUGGAUACACAUGGAGGUCUAAAGAACUUUUCCACGAAGAUGUGUCCCUCCAAUCAUAUUACAGGAUGCUUAUAAGCAAGAUACCUAGUGGAAAUUACAAGUUGUCUCGAGAAGCAAUAUUUGCUGCAGAGUUGCCCUCCGUAUUCACUACAAAAACAAAUUGGAGGGGUUCCUUCCCAAGGGAAAUCCUAUGCACAUUCUGCCGUCAGCACCAGCUAUCUGAACCUAUCUUCUCCACUACAAGUAUUCCUUUAAAGGCAUCAUGCAAGUUACCAAGAUCACAGAAGAAGUUGAAGGUUACCGAGGCAGCUGAACUAGCAACUGAAUACACUAAUGGAGGAAGUUUAAAUGCUGAUGAUGGAGAAACAGUAGGACUGGAAAGCAGCUUUAGGUGCAAAGUAAAAGUAUUUUCCAAGGGUCAGGAUUUGAUCAUAGAGUGUUCCCCUAAGGAGAUUUAUAAGAAGCAAACUGAUGCUAUCCAGAGUGCUUCUCUGAAAGUUCUCUCAUGGUUAAAUGCAUAUUUCAAGGACCUUGGCAUGCCUUUGGAGAAGCUAAAGUGCUCUGCUGAUGCCCUCGACAUUAGCUUAUCUUCUGAAAACUUUCUUAAAGAGUUUGCUUUAUGCCAAUCUCUUCAUAAUGUUCAGCAAAGUCGGUGUCAAGGAUCCAAAUUACCUGAAUCAAAAAGUACUAAUAUGGAAUAUACUUUGUCAGGACAAGAUGUUUGCUUACCAAACAUUGAAGGCUCAUAUUCCGGUGUCUGCCCCUCCAAUGGAUCUUUGUUGUGUAUAAGUUACACUGUGUCCUUGGUGACAGAAGGUGGGCAUACAAAAGAGCUUAUUGAAAGUAAAGAUGAAUUUGAGUUUGAGAUAGGGAAUGGAACAGUGGUUUCCACUCUUGAAGGAGUUGUGACACAAAUGUCAGUUGGCCAGUGUGCUCAUUUCAACAUGAAUUUGCCCCCUCAAGAGUUCAUUUUAGCCGCAGUUGAUGAUCCUGCAAGGAUUCUUUCAUUGUUAUCCUCAGAAGUUUGCUUCUUAGAAUACCAUGUAACCUUGUUGCGAGUGACAGAACCACCAGAAGAAAGAAUGGAGCAGGCUCUUUUCAGCCCUCCGCUCUCAAAGCAACGGGUGGAAUAUGCUGUGCAGCAUAUCAAAAAAUCCAGUGCUACAACUUUGGUUGAUUUCGGAUGUGGCUCUGGAAGUUUAUUGGAUUCUUUGUUAGAUUACCCAACUUCACUAGAAAAGAUUGUUGGUGCUGACUUAUCAAAGAAGAGUCUUAGCCGUGCUGCAAAGAUACUGCAUACCAAACUGAGUGCAAAGUCAGAUACAGGCAUCAAAUCUGCUAUUCUUUAUGAUGGUUCCAUCACAGAGUUUGAUUCUCGAUUGUGUGGAUUUGAUAUUGGCACUUGCUUAGAGGUAAUUGAGCAUAUGGAGGAGGAACAGGCCUGUCUUUUUGGUGACAUUGCAUUGAGUUAUUUUCGACCAAAGGUUCUUAUAGUUUCCACCCCAAAUUACGAAUACAACGUGAUUCUACAAGGAUCCAGUCCCACAACUCAAGAAGAAGAUCCAGACGAGAAAAGCCAGUCACAGUCAUGUAAAUUUCGCAACCAUGACCACAAGUUUGAGUGGACAAGAGAGCAGUUCAACCAUUGGGCAUCAGAUCUAGCCAAGAGGCACCAUUACAGUGUCGAGUUCAGUGGGGUUGGUGGUUCUGGUGAUGUGGAACCAGGCUUUGCAUCGCAAAUUGCUGUCUUUAAACAGGAGAGCCUACUUGAUGAAGAUGAUCUUCCAACACAAGAAAAUUCCUCUGAGCAUUGCAAAGUUAUAUGGGAGUGGAACGGCGAUGAUAGAUCUGCACCCUCUUCAACAAGAAACUAAUUUUUAGCGUUUCUAAACCACACCCUGACAAAGAUAAUAGUUAAUUAGUACAGCCCUGUACUGAUAUAUUACAUUAUUUCUAGGAAGGAGAAAGUAUCUAACAGAAUUAGGCAAGUGCAGGCUCAGAAAGGAUGCAUUUUUUCUUGCUGCUGGGCCAAAUAUUCUGGCAGGGAAAUGAAGGGAUUGCAUGUUCUUAUUCAUUCAAAGACCCCAUGCCAUUUAUGAAUACUGAGAGAAUUUCUGCCUAAUUAAUACAAGUCUAUUUUGAUCA